AUGAUUGAAUUAUCUUCAACUUCAUCAUCAUCAUCAUUUUCAUCAAUGGGACUAGUAUCAUCACCACCUCGUUCAGUUUGUUCGACUACAAAUGCUUCGAAUAGUCCAAAUGUUGUUGUACAAACACGUUUACAUAAAUUUUCAUGUCCAGAAAUUGAAAAACUUAAACAAAAAUAUCGCAUACAACAUACAAGCUGCUUUACACAUUUGCAAUCGCUUCUUAAUAAAAAUCGAAUAGCCAAAUGUUGUGAAUGUGGCUUGGAUGAACAAUGUCGUAUUUGCUUAGAUUGUUCAUUAUGUUUUUGUCGUCAUCAUGCUCAACAUCAUGCUCGACUAUGUUCACAUCCACUUGCAAUUGAUAUAAAACGUCUUUUUGUUCAUUGUUAUAUAUGUAGUGAUGUUCAGUAUGAUUCAGUUUUUGAACGUGCAAGACGAAAAAUUAUUUUACUUCAACAAAGCCCAUCAAAUAUUUCACCUUCAUCAUUAGCGAUUGGAGGCAUUUGUGGACUUCUUAAUCUCGGUAAUACAUGUUUUAUGAAUAGUGUUUUGCAAGCUUUCGUUCAUGCUCCUGUUCUUCGCGAUUGUUUUCUUUCGGAAAAACAACAUUAUUGUGAAUCAAAAGAUACUAAUCAUGUAUUAAAUAAUUGUAUAAUGUGUCAAUUACGUUGUUUAUAUCACCAUGUUCACCAUGGACAAACAACCAAUGAACCAUUUGUUCCUUCACAGCUGUUGUAUUUGAUUUGGACACAUGAAAAUCAUUUAGCCGGCUUCGAAGAACAAGAUGCACAAGAAUUACUUAUGGCUUUAUUUAACAUAAUACAUUCACAAAAUUCAAAUGAUGAGAAGAAUGACGAAAAAUCUUGUUCAUGUAUUAUUGAUCGAUUUUUCAAAGGUGCUCUUCAAUCUGAAAUAAUAUGUUCUCAAUGUGGAUCUGUAUCGAAAAAAAAUGACCUUGUUCGAGAUAUAUCUCUUCAAUUGCCAUUAUCAUCAUCAAACGACGAAUUAUUUCCAUCAUCAUCGUUUUCUCUAGAAAAUUGUUUAUGGAGGUUUACACAUUCCGAAGCAUUAAGUAAUUUUUACUGUGAUAAAUGUCAAAUGUCAAUGACAGCAAAUAUAAAAUUAACCAUAUCACAAGCACCAAUAGUUGCUUGUUUUCAUCUUAAACGUUUUCAAUAUAUCAAAAAAUCUCGAUCAAAAAUGCGUAAAAAAAUCUCUGCACACAUAUCGUUUCCUGAUGAACUUGAUUUAACACCAUAUAUGACAAUAAUAAAUUUGUCUAAAGAAAAUAAUAAAUAUUAUUUAUUUGCUGUUAUCAGUCAUUUUGGUUCAUCUGUGGAAACAGGACAUUAUAUGUGUUAUGUUAAACUUCAAUUACAAAAUCGAUGGUUUCGAUGUGAUGAUCACUGUGUAUGUGAAGUAUCCGCUGAAGAAGUAUUUAAAAGUGAAUGUUAUCUUCUAUUCUAUCAACGUAAUAUGGUGAAUCCAACGAACUGA